GUGGUGGUUGCGACGGUACUGUUUAAUAUUUAAUUCCGUAAGGUUUAUGUACGACUAGAUCUCAAACUGUGUAUAUACGACUGAAGUGCCAAAAUCAAGUGUUAUUAUUGUUAUAAAUUUUCUUGUGCCUGUUGAAACAUUUCUUUCAAACCAUCGAGACUGAUCUAUCUCUGAUGGCAUGGAGGAAUCGGGCAUUGAUUUGGGCUUCGACUUGGCCGCGUUGAGCUCCGAAGAUCUUGACUUGAGUUAUGCUGAGCUCGAAAAUGCACUUUCGUGCCUUCAGAACUCCCAAGAUCUUAUGUAUUACGAGCUCAAGUCCAAGGCCGUGCCCGAGUCUGACAGAACUAGCACGUCGUUCAAAACGUCGACUCCGCAAUCUCGUACCCAGUUAAAGUUGGAGUUGAUGCGGGAACAGCAACUCCAAGAACAAAAGCAGCAGCAAUUGCAACGCGAACAAAUUCAGUAUCAGCUGCAGCAGAACUCUAACAGAUUGGAACAACAAAAGCCGCAAGACAGCAGGCAGGUCGCCGCGAACGCCAACGUCACCGCUACGGCCGCACUCAGCCUCGAGCGCGCCGUGCCACCGCAAGUGUUACAGGUUCGAACAGUACUGGAAAAUCCUACUCGAUACCAUGUAAUCCAGAAGCAGAAAAGUCAAGUGCGCCAAUAUUUGAGUGAAUCAUUUUCGAAGCACCAGAAUGGUUCCUCAGACGCAUACCAAGGGGAUAGGAAUGCAACGUCCCAAAGUAUGCACCCUUUGCCCGCAUCUGCUACGUGCACGACUGUUCUCAACCCGCCCGCUAACGUACAAGGAGUGUCUCCAACAGGAACCAUAUCGCCGGCACUGAGUUCCGUUGCUACCAGUGCCUCCGAGGCAGAAGAUUUCUUGGAUGACAUAUUGUCGUUCGACGGCGGCUCACUGACGUCAGACUCUUUAAAACUAGAUGCAGCCCUCGAUGCUGCCGAUUUGCAAAUUAAGCCAGAGCCGCUUUUACUUAGCGAUGCAGAGAUACACGCGAUCGCCAAAGACAGACAGAAAAAAGACAAUCAUAACAUGAUUGAGCGUCGAAGAAGAUUCAACAUAAACGAUCGUAUCAAGGAACUUGGCACUUUACUUCCGAAAACAAACGAUCCGUACUAUGAGAUCGUCCGAGACGUACGUCCAAAUAAAGGCACCAUCCUUAAGUCAUCUGUGGACUAUAUCAAAUGCCUCAAACAAGAAGUUAACAGGCUGAAACAUAACGAAGCCAGACAGAAGCAAAUUGAAAGCCAAAAUAGGCGCCUGCUUCUAAGAGUACAGGAAUUAGAAAUGCAAGCUAAAUCUCACGGCUUGCCAAUAUCAUCUGAUCAUUCAUCUUGGCAAACAGGAGGAAGUGCAAAUGCAAGUACUGCUCUCAACAACUCGAUCAUGAUGCACGAUAUACGAAAGAUGCCCGAUGUAGUGAGCGAUGCUGCCACUACACUGACACUUUGUCAAAUGGAGGAACUGAUGGAUCCUUUACUGAGUUCGGGCCACGAUUCCCUCGAUCCGAUGUUGGGCUCGCCAAUGCACCACCCGAUAAGCGCGAUGCUGGGCGGCAGUCACGAGCCAUACCGCGAGGGCGACCCGAUGCUGUCGUCGCCCUGCUCCCUCGAUACUGACUCCCUAGUAGAUGACAUCGAUAUGGCCGCGUGAUCCUGUUUUACAAGGCGGCCGCAAUAUUUUGAACUCAUUCUUAUUUUAUCGCCAUCAUACGAAUCAUUCUCUCUUUUUCGAGCAUAUGACCACGAGACGUAUAACUUUUGACUAUGUGUUUCAAAUCGGGUGUGAAAUACGUUCUAAGGUAUAAAUGUUAAUGUUUAGUUAAGCCAUGAAAAAUAUGCAAUGCAAAUUAUAAUAAGUAUUUUUCAUAAAAUAUAAAACUAGUAAAUCUGGAAAUAUUCAUAAAACAUACAUUUUUAUUUAUAUGUUUGUACGUUCUAAUAAUUGAAAUUUUAUUCUGUAUUCAAUAUAAUUUAAUAUUAAAGUUUUAAGUUUAGUAUGUGGUAUGCAUGCUGUCCUCCGUCCUUUUGUCACGUCCAGUUACCGGCGUUUAUGGACAGCACUUGCCCCUUUGCGCCCGGCUAUCCCCUUUUGGUGACAACGUAAGUCUAGUAAAUAGCUCAAUGUCUCCCUCUGAGGCACUCGUCAGUUUUAAUACAUAAUUCUCAAUUCAUAUUGAAGCGUAGAAUAAAAUAGAUCAAGGAUGAGCAACUCGCUGCCCUUUUAAUAUUUUUCUGCUGCCGCCCAAGCAUCUCUAAAGUAGAAUUUUAUUUAUUUCACCAACUUUCUUCCAUAAUAUAUUUAAUGUCCAAUAAAUUAAUUAUAAUGUAUUUU